UUCCCCCGGCCCUUUCUGGCCCUCUCUUUCCUUCUUUCUCUCACCGCCCGCAAUGACCCUGGAUGCAUAUGACGUCUCUGUUGUUGGAUGGCAGCUCUCGAAGAUAUUCCGUGGAUAGAUUCCAUGGCCCCGUCAUCAUCUCAGCAGGACCAGGCUGACUCUCAGCCUCCCACGGUCGCUGCUUUCUCCCCCACCACCAUCUCAGGCUCGUCCGUGACGUCCAGACAGCGUUCCAGCAUCAUCGUGCACCGCAAAUCCCCUCUUCUGGUGGCCACCCCCCCACAGAUCACGCGGGCCUUGGCCUACUCGCAUCCAUUUAUCCUGCCGCUGAACAAACUCGUGGGACUGCUCACGUGGACCACCGAAGACGGAUGGCAAAGCUUCCUCCUUGUGGCUGGGUUCUGGACGUUGGUUCUGUACCUCGAUGUGAUCGUCUUGUGGGCCGGGCCGCUCCUGGUGGUGACCGGGCUCAUCUUGGGGAUGUACUGGAGACGCUACUCUCCGUUGUCGUCAAGGGCUCUUCUGGGUGACAAGCCAGGCCAUCAGAGGGCGGCGGCCGACAUCUUCCCGCAUCAUCAUGAAACUUUAGACGAGAUCGUGGAGACCCUGAGGACGUUCACCACUCGAUGCAACAUUCUUCUGGAACCACUAGUCGAACUCACCGACUUCUUGUCUACGCAGCGGACGGCGACUUCAGCGACCACCCGGCCGGCCCUGACCACCCUGUUCUUCCGGAUCCUCUUUGUGACCCCCAUCUGGAUCGCUUUGACUCUCCCGCCCCUGUAUCUGAUCACAACUCGUCGAGUCGUCAUGAUCCUGGGCACCAUCGUUCUCACAUAUCACUCCCGACCGGCGAGGGUGUUCCGCGUUAUCCUCUGGCGAUCAUUGACCAUCCGCUGGAUAUGCUCUAUGAUUACGGGGCUAUCAUUCUCUGGAGACGUCGACAAGACCCAACCAUACCUGAUGCAAAGCCAUGGCCAUGCCGUGAACAUUGCAGCCAGGCGGCGGGGAGACUCCUCCGGCGUCCGGUUCACCUUCGUCAUCUAUGAGAAUCAACGUCGUUGGCUGGGGCUUGGUUGGACAUAUUCCCUGUUCCCGUCCGAGCGUACGGCGUGGACAGAUGAACAUCUCAACGCCGUCCCGUCCAAGGACGAUUUCGAUCUCCCCGGGGUGGAAAAUGGGAAUGCCGAGUGGCGUUGGGUUGAAGGGAGUGACUGGCAUAUUGACGGCGCCGAUGAAAACAAGGGGAAAGCAGACUCCAAGGCGGAUGGUGGAGGAUGGGUCUACUACGACAACAAGUGGAACGAUGGUCGUCGCGGCCACGAUGGUUGGGAUCGCUACACCCGUCGCCGGAAGUGGUGCCGUGACGCCGAACUGAUUGAGAUCACACCGGCCGAGGAGAAGGCAGAGAAGACAUCGGCGGAGACCAAAUCCGGCUUAUCCCAGUCCUUGGAACAAGAGAAAGCAUCCGGCACUCAGGACACUCCAACGGCCGAGGCCGAUGCGGAGAGUCUUUCCCCGUCCACCUCAUCCAAGACCCGCAGACGGCGUUGGUUUGGGAGUACGAAGAGUGUAAGCGACAAAGCCAGCAGCAUCUCCUCUGCUCCACCAGCGUCCACGAAUAACUCCUCCGUAGAUCUCGGAAGAAUGAAACCCGGCACCAUCACCCCCAGCCACACCCCCUCUGGAAAGCCCGCCUCCAAGCCGAUCACCAUCCCGCCCGCCCGAAGGCUGUCGAAUUACUCGGGCAGUGCCAGCCACAGCAGUAGUCUGGGUGGUCGUGACGGGAGUCUCCGCGAGAAGGAGACGGCCAAGACACAGGACCAGUUGGACCGCUGGGGCACUCGGGCGACGGGGGGUACGGAAAGAGCAGAGCGAGAAAUGGGGCUAGGCGAUGAGGUUAAUAUGGGGCUGAGUUGAUUCCGUUGUGCUUGUACAAGUGGCGUCCGGCAUGGUUAUCGAAAUUCGAACGGGCUUGCAUUGAUAUCACUCGUGUGGGUCUGUCUUUGGGUUCUUCCUCGCAUGCAUCUUUUAAUGUUUUCUCGGCGGUUACGCUCUAACGAAACGAAGAUACCCUCAGGUUUGAGCCGUCCAGAAAGCGAGAUUUAGUUUUAGGUUAUUCAUAAUAUGAUAUUCAAUUUUUUUUUUCG